AUGAUAAGUGUAGAUGAAGACAAUGUUUGGGAUGAGUACGUGAAGUCUCAUGAAGAUGCUAGAACUUUUCGAUUUAAAGUGAUUGCAAACUGGGAUGAUAUAGUGGAUUUAUGUGGCAAAGAUAGAGCUACUGGAGAGGGUGCUAAAACAUGUGCAGAAGCUGCUGAGGUUAUGACUCCUGAGAGUGAUCCCAAUAAUAUUGUUGAUUUGGAAAGUGAUACCCAAGGUUUUGAGAGUUGUCAAGUUGAUGAUGUUUCACCCAGCUCUAGUUGUCCAAAGAGAAGAAAUCAAAAUCCUUCUGAUAUUCCCCCACCAAAAAAAAAGAGGUACAACUAA